AGGGUUUCUAUGUGUAUCUUUAUGACGGCCCCGGAGUACGAGAGUUUGACAGACCUGGACAUAAUUUGAUUGACACCAAGAUGAAAAGCGUUGUUGUGUUCCUCGGGAUUCCUUACGCCAUGCCUCCGAUUGACGACCUAAGAUUUAAGCCUCCUCGUCCACACAAAGGCUGGCAAUUAUGGCAGGCGACGGAUUUCGGACCUGCUUGUCCCCAGCCAGCCAGACACGUUGGUGGGGCACAAAACGUGUGGGAAAUGGAUGAAGAUUGCUUGUAUCUGAACGUUUACACGCCUUCUGUUUCUGGGGCAGUUGUGAACAAGUAUCCGGUGAUUGUGUAUAUUCACGGUGGACAGUUUGAACACGGAGCAUCGAACCAGUUCCCACCUCAUGCUUUGGUGGCCUGGCAUGAAGUCGUUGUUGUGACUUUCAACUACAGACUCGGGGCUUUGGGUUUCCUGAGUACCGGAGAUGAACAUUCACCAGGAAACUAUGGGAUGCUGGACCAGGCUUUGGCCAUUCGUUGGGUAUAUGAAAAUGCGCAUGUGUUCAAUGGAGACCCGAGGAGAAUCACGUUAUGGGGUGUGGGUGCUGGUGCAGCUGCAGCAGGGUUGCACGUGCUGACCCCGAGGACCAAGGACAAGGUCUUUGGGGUGUUUGCCCAGAGUGGGUCUGCCUUGGCUGAUUGGGCUGCCAUCAAGCACGUGCUGACCCCGAGGACCAAGGACAAGGUCUUUGGGGUGUUUGCCCAGAGUGGGUCUGCCUUGGCUGAUUGGGCUGCCAUCAAGCUGCCAGAACAAGCAAGAAACACCAGUCGAGUUUAUGCUGCAAGGAUUGCUUGUCCAAAUGACAAUGCUUUCAAAUUGGUCGAUUGUUUGAAGAAGGGAAGGAGUUUCAAUGAACUGGCAAACCAGGAAAUUGAAGUUGGACAACAGUUCAUGGAUGAGCAGAUCAGGAAGUAUGUUCACAAGUACAAUUUUACUCUGAAUCCUGGAGGAGUUUUUGAUGCCAUACAGUCCCAGUACACCUUUUGGCCUGAUCCUACAAACACAACUAUGAUCAGGGAAGAGUACAUCAAUUUUCUGUCAGAUUCUUUGUACAAAGCCCCAGUGGACAACAUGGUGAAGAGAAUGGUUCUUGCUGGGAUUCCAACUUACUUUUAUGUGAUGAACACCACUGUGGAAGCAGUCAGACUUCCCUUGUGGAGACAAGUGCCUCAUGGGAUUGAUUCUUUGUUUCUGGCUGGGGCUCCUUUCAUGGACAAAGAAUUUUUUCCUGAGUCCAUGAGAGUAGACAAGAGAGCUUGGACAGAAGGCGACAGGAAUAUGAGUGAAUUCUUCAUGAAAGCUGUGGCAAAUUUUGCUCAUCAUGGGAAACCAACUCCUGAGGUCUAA